AUAGUGAGAAAAAAAUGAUUGGGAAGAUUAUUCUAGGAGAUGCCCUUAAAAUCACUGGCAACGUUCUUAGAACGACCGGGGACGUUGCCGGGUCCAUCGUAAAUGCUGGAGGGAAUUUUAUCGACCGUGCUAGCGAUAUCGGUCAGCUCGGGAAGAAGAAGAUCAAAGGGAAGGUGAUUCUGAUUAGAAGCAAUGUCUUGAACAUCACUGAGUUUCAUUCUAGUAUUCUUGAUGGUUUCACUGAGCUGUUGGGCAGUGGAAUUGUAAUGCAACUCGUGAGUGCAACUGAGAUUGAUAGUCAUUCGAACGAGAGACAAGGGAAAGUCGGAAGGCGAGCUUAUUUGGAGAAGUGGUUGACUUCAUUCCCACCAAUAUUUGCUGAAGAGUCGGUGUUUGAAAUAAACUUUGAAUGGGAAGAUGAUUUUGGAUAUCCAGGAGCUUUCUAUAUAAGAAAUGGACAUACAAGUGAAUUUUUUCUCAAAUCCCUCACUCUUGAAGAUGUUCCUAACUAUGGAAAAGUCCAUUUUGAUUGCAACUCAUGGGUUUACCCUCAAAGAAGAUACAAUAAAGAUAGAAUUUUUUUUGCCAACAAGACAUAUCUCCCAAAUGAAACACCAAAAGCACUUCGUAAGUACAGAGAAGAAGAGCUAUUAAAUCUAAGAGGAGAUGGAAAAGGAGAGCAUCAAGAAUGGGAUAGAAUUUAUGAUUAUGAUGUUUACAACGACAUUGCUGAUCCUGAUGCAGGUCACCAAUUUGUUCGUCCUAUUCUUGGAGGGAGUACUAGUUAUCCUUAUCCUCGCAGAGGAAGAACAGGAAGACCACGAUCAAGAAGAGAUGUCAACUACGAGGAGAGAUUAAAAAGUGUCAUAAAAAGCAUUUACGUUCCUAGAGAUGAAUCAAUCUUUGGCAAGAAGAUAUCCGAGAUAUUUGCUUAUCAAUUGAAAUCAAUUGCCCAAUCUCUUCAACAUAAAUUUGGAGUGCUUUUUAAUAGAUACCCCAAAGAAUUUGGGUCCUUUAAAGAUGUACUUAAACUCUACAAUGGUGGAUUUCCUUUGCCAACACAUUUUCUUUCAACACUUGGGAGCUUUGUUAAAGAACCAUUUCUAAAGGAACUUCUUAGAACUGAUGGUGAACAGUUGCUCAAAUUCCCAUUGCCCCAGCUGAUUCAAGAUAAUUAUUCAGGAUGGAAGACCGAUGAAGAGUUCGCUAGAGAAAUGUUGGCUGGAGCAAACCCAGCCGUCAUUUGUGGUCUCCAAGAAUUCCCACCAUCAAGCAAGUUGGACCCUAACAUUUAUGGAGAUCAAAAGAGUAAGAUAACCGAAGAACACAUCAUGAAUAAUUUGGAUGGAUUCACCGUAAAUGAGGCAAUGAAGCAAAACAAACUCUAUAUAUUGGAUCACCAUGAUUAUGUGAUUCCAUUUCUUAGAAGAAUAAACACAACAAGUUCUACCAAGAUUUAUGCAACAAGAACAAUUCUAUUCCUAAAGAAAGAUGGGACAUUGAAGCCUCUGGCGAUUGAACUAAGUUUGCCACACCCUCAACAUAACAAGUAUGGUGUCAUUAGUAGAGUGCUGUUACCAGCUACAAAAGGAGUUGCUGCCUCACUCUGGCAACUCGCUAAGGCUUAUGUUGCUAUCAAUGAUAAUGGUCAUCACCAACUUAUUAGUCAUUGGCUGAAUACACAUGCAGUAAUUGAGCCAUUUGUGAUAGCAACAAGCAGACAACUUAGUGUUCUUCAUCCAAUUCACAAAUUACUUAUUCCUCAUUUCAAGGACACAAUGAAAAUCAAUGCUAUUGCUAGGCAAUCUCUCAUUAACGUUGAUGGCAUUAUUGAGAGAACUCAUUAUCCAACUAAAUAUUCUAUGGAGAUGUCUUCUUUUGCUUACAAGAAUUGGGUCUUCCCUGAACAAGCUCUUCCUACUGAUCUAAUUAAGAGAGGAGUUGCAAUUGAGGAUGCAAAUUCUCCGCAUGGACUCAAACUACUAAUAGAGGAUUAUCCCUAUGCUAGUGAUGGACUUGAGAUUUGGAGUGCAAUCAAAACAUGGGUAGUAGACUAUUGCUCUUUCUACUAUAAGGAUGACAAAAUGGUUUCUAAUGACUCAGAGCUCCAAUCAUGGUGGAAAGAACUUAGAGAAAAAGGCCAUGAAGACAAGAAAAAUGAACAUUGGUGGCCAAAAAUGCAAUCACUCCAAGACCUUAUAGAUUCUUGUACAAUCAUUAUAUGGAUUUCUUCGGCUCUUCAUGCUUCAGUUAACUUUGGACAAUAUCAUUAUGGUGGCUUUUUCCCUAACCGACCCUUAACGAGCACUAGAUUCUUACCAGAAGAAGGAAGUAUCGAAUACGAAGAACUCAGAUCAGACCCUGAAAAGGCUUUCAUGAAAACAAUUCAAGUUGAUCUUUCAAGUGUUGCUUUAACUGAAAUCUCUUCAAGACAUUCUUCUGAUGAGGUCUAUUUAGGGGAAAGAAACAGCAAGGAAUGGACUUUGGAUGAACAGCCUUUGCAAUCAUUUGAGAAGUUCAAGAAAAAAUUAGUAGAAAUCGAGAACAUGUUUAUGAAGAGAAACCAAGAUCCUAAGUUGAAAAAUAGAGUUGGGCCUGUGAAUUUACCUUAUACUCUUAUGUUUCCAACGAGCACUGAAGGUCUUACAGGCAGAGGGAUUCCUAAUAGUAUUUCUAUGUGA